AUGCAUACAAUUUCAACUACUUCUAGAGAAAAAAAAAUCUUUAUAAUUAUGACAAUAACGUACCAUUAUUUUUUAAUUUUAAUUUUUAUAACAAUUACUUGGUGUAAACAGCUUCCCGAUGAUUGUUCUUGGAGGCAUAAUUUAACAACAAUAGAUCAUAUUUCUGGAAGAACAGUUGAAGUAUUAGAAAAUUGUUUAUAUUAUUAUCUUAUUCAACAAAAUAUUGAGAAAAGUGGAGAUGAAUUUAAAUCUAUAUUAAAUAAACCACCAGAUGAUCCUGUUGUUACAAUAACUGUUGAUGCUUUUAUGAUUCAUAGUGUUGAAGUUUCUAAAAAAAGUUUAACACAAUUUUAUAUUUAUGGUGAUUUAUUUUUAAGAUGGAAUGAUUCACGUUUUCAAUGGGAUAAAUCAGAAUGGAAAAUUGAUCAAUUUGCAUUACAUGAUACUCAUCAUAUAUGGACACCUUCAUUUAUUUAUGAAACAUUUUGUACUUAUGGUUAUGAUUGUAUGACUAAAAUGAUGGAUGUUGAAAUACAAGAUAUUGGUGUUGUCUCAGCUCGUCUCUCCUUUAGAUUACCUUCUUUUUGUAGUAUUAAUUAUAAUGAAUAUCCAGAAGAAUCAAAUGAUUGUUGUAUAUUUUUAUCAAUUGUUGAAACAAAUAAAAAUUUUGCAUUUGAUAUACAAACAAAAAGAAAAGUAUCAUUAACAAAAAACGUUGUUGUAUCAGAGAGUAGUGAUUUUAUGAUAAAUAAUCAUGAAAUGAAAGAAGCAUCUGCAUGGUUUGUUGAAGAUAGAAAAAUUGAUGUUGUUAAAGUAGGUGGUAUUAGAGGUCAAUUUUUACGAAUAUGUCUUCAUGCAUACAAAAAAAUGCCAACAUUAAAAAUGGCAUUGAGAAUUCCAAUAUCAAUUGCAACAAUGUUAAUGUUAAUGGCACCAAUGUUUGGCGAUCUGAAAACACAAGCAUAUGUUAAAUUGAUAACAUUAUGUUUACAAACAAUAUGUUUCCUUUAUUUAUGUUCUUUGGCACCUGAAACUGGUUUUGGUGGUAGAAAACCAAAAAUAUACUCAUUUUAUGAAUUUCUUGUUGGUCUUAGUUUUAUGAAUAUAUUAUUUACACUUUUAGCAUUAGCAAUGAGUCGUGUUAAAAGAACAGUCCCUCCGACACAUAAUUUAUAUCUAGUAUCAAAAUUAAUUAAUAGAUAUAUGUGUUGUACAGAAACUGAGUCAUCAAUGAAUUAUACAAGACAAAUUGAUGAUAGUUUGGAACGUAAUCAUAAUUCAAUAAUGUCAAAUGAUCAAAAUGACUAUAGAAUGCAAUGGGCUCAUAUUUGGAUAGCAUUAUAUCAUAUAAUGGCAUCUAUUUCAAUAUGCGUAUUUUUAUUGGUUGUUAUUUGUGACAUUUUAUAA